CCCUAGACGCGGCUUCCUUCACCAUGCCAGACGUGCCAGAGCUUACCCCCGAGGAACAGCUACGGGCAGACGUAUUGUCAAUAUGCUCGGCGCUUGGUGCUAUGGAAGAGUACCAGGAAGAAAAUGGCGAAAUCUUAACAAAAUAUGCCAUGGGCGAUGAAUGUCUGGCUUGUAUGAAGGAUAUUCGAAAGCUCAUCCGAAACGACUCAGAGAACCCGGAUAAUUACGUAUUGCAUCUCUUGGGCGAAUUCAACAUCAUGAGCACCGACCUAAUCCCUAUUGUUUUGGUCAACAAUGAACUGACCUCUGAUGUGUCAGAACGUCUUGUAUUGGCUUGCCUUGAGCUGUUCGUUCCUAUGACAUGGCCGCUUGCAGAAAAUCACGACGAAGGUGACGAAUCAGGAGACAGUAAUAUGAUAGACCUGCACCGAAGAUAUAAGGUGUCGUUGAUACAACCUGGAAUCUUGGAGGCAGCACUGGAUGUGAUUCUGAAACCGCUGAGCAUACCGUUCAGAGAACGUGCUCAACGCGAUCAUGUUGUCAUUCGUCUGGUCCUCACCUUGCUUCGAAACAUUGCAGCCAUUCCGGAUUUGAAUGCUUCCCAAUCAUCAAGCGAAAGCGCGGUGGAGAUGUCAACUAUGCAGGAAAAAUAUCUUACGCGACUACAUGAUUCGAAAAUGUUGGAGUUACUGGUCACCAUCGCCUCCAGUAGCAAUCAUCCAGAUUUCGCAGAGUGGAAUGUCAUUGUAAUGCAGAUUAUAUUCUAUUUAUUGAAAGGAAGUGAUCCAACUAUUAUAGCCUCGUCAGAUAGCAAAGAUGAACAAACGCAGAACACAGUGGUAUCCGUUAAGCUGGCUGAAUUGUUGCAGCAAGAAAAUCGAAAGCGGUCAUCAAGUCGACAAAUAGGACCAAGUAGACAUAAUCGCUUUGGCGGUAGCUAUUCAGUUGAAGUGCUGGAUGGUGAAAAAUACAAUAUACAUCGACAAACUGGAGGUGUGAUUGACUUGUCUGACUUAAUGAACAGUAAUAAGCGAGAGUAUCGAGUAGGCAAGAAAAAGAAACUUCAGGACAAAAUUGGUACUCGCUCACCAUAUCAAACACAAGCUGCGCGAAGCAUCCUGUAUGAUUUUGGAAGCGUCAUCUUGGAUUCAGCAUUCAAUGCUUUACAUAGCUCUCUCCUAAAAGACGUGGAGCGUGAAAGCAAACAGAUUCUUGAACCGGAUCACUUUAAAUUUUACUAUGUUAUCGGUUGGCUACUUCAAUUUCGAUUUUGCAUCCAUUCGAAAUGGAAAGCCGAUAUCAAAAAGCAGCAAGAAAAGGAUGCCGAAAAGCUGCAUAUACCAAACCGGGAUGGCAACGAAGCAAAAACUACAUUACCUGAAAAUCCGGCUAAUUUUGACUUGGUUGCAUCCGCAAUGGAUAUUCGCUUCUUCCUUCUCUGUGUUCGUAGAAUGCGGCAAGCAGUUGAUGAAAAGCAAUGGUUGGACGUACAAACAUGCGCAGAAUGCUUCAAGCAAAUGCUUCAAACCCUUGCUGGGAUGGCUGAAUCAGACGAGGAAGAAUUCGCUGAAAUUGCUGAAUAUGUUCAAAGUAAUAUAUACUAUGAGCAGUCAACUCUAGAUCUUUUCAUUGAAAUGGUGCGCGGGUAUAGGUUCCAAUCUACAGAAUACCUGAAAGCUGUUGUAGAACUCAACCAUCAUAUGCUGAGGAUGCUAGAGCGAUAUGCCUCAGGGAAGAAGUACAUGUUUGUUCGUAAAAAUAGGAAAAGCCGUAAGGAAAAGGAUAAAAAAGUUCAACCUGAAGGUGAAGAGCACCAAACUGAUGAUGAAAAGAGCGAGGAUGAAGAAACUUACGAGGAAGAAAGAGAUCGUAAGCAAGCUUAUCGAGAGCAUCAAUUCAAGUUUGACUCGUUCGAAUUGCGGUUUGCAAAUGAUGAAGUUGUCAGAAUAUAUAGCAUUCUGCUCGAGGAUUUCCAGACGUUGCCUAAUAGCACACUCAAUGCUAUCACCAAUUUCUUUCAUCGACUGAUGGUGAAAAGAAAAAUGGAGCAUCUCUUUUUCAAACUACCUACUUUGGAACUUUUUAAUCGUAUACUUCCAGUCAUCAAGACUCAACCGAACAAGUCGUCGUUCCAACAAUUAGCGAUGUUUAUUCGAUAUUGUAUCAAGCAAUACGUCAAGCACGCCCAAGAGAAUCCGCUCUUUUUGGUUGAAUCACUUUUCAAAGGUGUUCGGCAGUCUGCCUUGGAGUCAAACGGAGAACCAAUAAGCGAUGACGACGAGCCCGUUACUCGACUUCGUGAUCAUCAGGAUAGCGAUGAUAGUAAUGGAGAAGAUGAUCAGAUCACGAGCUAUCCUACUACGGUGGAACUUGAAAUCAAACCUGGCCUCACUUGGAGCCAGCAAGUUGGAGUAGCUAUAGCAGUAUUAGUAGAGGACAAGAAAGCCUUUUUGGUCGAAUGGGCUAACGAGCAAAUCAUGUUUGCCAUAGCAAAGAGAGCAUCUGAAGACACUGUUCGCAUUUCGGAUAAUGGAAAUGCGGAGAGUCAGAGCGUAAAAGCUUACGAAAAUUAUGAUAUGGAAGCGACAAUGAUUGCAGUGAAAUCAGCCAUCAGAAAAAAUGCCAAGCUCAGACUGCUGCUCAGCUUGCUACAAUUCGAAAAGACUGAGGACGAUUAUAUGGAAACCACUUGGACAAUACCUGCAUCUAUGACAUCAGAAACGUUGCAGUCAUAUAUAGACAUGAUGACAGAGUUCAUUGCCAACCCUUUGGCACCAAAUGGUAUGCCGGCCAAGGAUAUGAUAAAGAAAAAGGCUAAGAAGAAGAGAGCUAGAAAGGAUGUUGACGACGAAGACUCUUCUCAACGAAAGCGAGCGAAGAAGGUGAACGCUGGGCCAGUGUAUCACACCCAACAAUUCAUCAUUGAUUCUGAUGGCGAUGAUGACGAGGCGUUCUUUGCCAAUGAACGAAAGCUACGAGAGAAGAACAUGGCAGCAUUUAUAUCAAAUAACCAUGGUUUAUUAGACAGAACUUCACCCGAUAGUCAGCCUGUUAGCUCACAAACCACUCCCCAUCAUGCUAUAACAGACACAACAGCAAUGCCUGGUAUGACGACUCCGUUAGACGAUAGUGCAUCCGAUGACUCCAUGGACGAUGAAGCACCUCUAUUUACAUCUGGACGACAAGCCUUCCAAUCCAAACAGCAAGGUCAUGCUUCACCAAAAUACAUCAGUCAAAAUGACAAAGAUGAUCUUGUCUCUACGAAUGCUAUGGAAUCCUUAAAAACUCGUGCUGUACCCAGAAACGUGAUCUUCUCGGAUGAUGAGGAUGAUAUCGAUGAAGACAUAGAUAAUACUGUCACAAAACUAAACCUUCAGCGCCGAAACAAUCGAGCUAUUCUGAGCGACAGUGACGAGGACGAUAUUUAAUACCACCAAUGUACACCUUUUUGUAAAUAAAACCUGCAAUUCUGCCAUAAACUUUGUCAAAGUCACACUUCGUUGACAUCAAACAACACGGCGAUAAACCAAAAAAAUUGCACUGUGCUGUUGAGUUGAGUCUUUAAGUCUUUGUAUAUUGUUGAUUGAGAAAUCUCUUUUUGUUGUGUAAUUUUUACAAAAAUCUAUGGCAGUUGUAACUGUAUUUAGUGAGCAUAGGGCAAGGCCUUUCGAAGCAUUCGAUUGUCGGAUUUGUUUUGGACAACGAGUGAGCCCUUGAGUCGGUUGGAGCGCUCUGGCGUGAAACCGACGUUGAUGUGACGCUUUCCAACCUGCCAACGCUUGAACUGGCCGUUACCUACUGGAAAGAAGCUGCAAAAGAAAACUCAUUAGUCUCUUUGAUCUUCAUUCUGCUGAUUCCGCUGUUUG